AAAAAUGAGUUUGCGAAAAACAAUUUUUUGGAUGCAAGUAGAAGAGAGAGGAUUUCAGCUGAAACCGGUCUAAAUAUCAAUCAAGUUUGCUAUUGGUUUCAAUACAGACGAGUGAAAGAGAGAAAACUACAAGGGCGCGCAAGAGUAGUGAAUGCAUUUGGAAGUAAUAAUGACAAUAGUGUUGCGUAA